AUGUCGGCUGCUCUGCAGAGCUCUCGCCAUCAACCUCCGCCCGUCCUGACAUCAUCUCCUCUACCAGCUUCCAACAAUCGCCCGUACAUGUCUGCGCACGCCUCUCCGACCCGCGACCCCUACGGCUCCCUCCCAGUCUCUCCCUCGUCGCAGUCCUCCGCCCGCCCGCCCUCGCGCAAGACCAGCUCGGCCGCCGCUGCCCAUUCCAACGAAAUUCCCACCACCCUCGCCGCGAGGGCUGCCACCAACGCCGCCUUUAAUUAUAAUAGCUCCCAGUCUGUGCCGUCCGACCACUCUUCCGCCAUGCCUCCCUCGGCGCCCCCCCGGACCUCGUCCAGCCACCACAAUGCUUCCUCCCGCAGAUAUACCCCUGAUAAGCUCGCCGACUCCUCGAGGCACUCCCACGCUGAUCAGGGCAGGGGCGAAAACCGUCACGCCGACCAGAACGGUCACUACGACUCGCCCAAGGCUCGCCGCACGCCGCCUGCUCACAUUGCCCACCAGGAUGCCACCAGGCAGACCACCAGCCGCGAUGGUCGUCAGCAGGAGACCGUCAUGCCCAUCAGAACGCUUCAUAACGAGACCACCAAGCGGACCACCGAGGCCUCCGACACCCUGAGCAGAAUCAUCACAAAUCCUGAAGAGGCAGCUUACCGCGCGAGCCCAGCCAGAGAGAGCGCUCCAGCUCCUUCGGUGCCCUUAGGCACCCCCGACGAGCGUCGCAGGCGGCAGGAGCAUCCACGAAGUCACAGAACCUCAAAAUUCGGCGAUUUUAUCCUCGGCAACACCAUUGGCGAAGGUGAAUUCGGCAAAGUCAAGCUUGGUUGGAAGCAAGAUAGUAGUGUUCAGGCAAGUCCCUGCGUUGCCAUCAAGUUAAUCAAGAGAGAUACUGUUGGCUCGAACCCGUCCCGUCUCGCCAAGAUUCGUCGCGAAGUCACUAUUCUCCGCGGCCUACAUCAUCCCAACAUUGUUCGGUUAUUCGACAUGGUCGAGACUGACAGAUACAUUGGCAUUAUUCUCGAGUAUGCCUCUGGCGGCGAACUCUUUGACUACAUUUUAAACCACAGAUAUCUCAAGGACGGCUCCGCUCGACGACUAUUCGCACAACUUGUCUCUGGUGUUGGCUACCUGCACAAAAAGGGCAUUGUGCAUCGAGAUCUCAAGCUCGAGAACCUGCUUUUGGACAGCAACCGCAAUAUUAUCAUUACCGAUUUUGGCUUCGCCAACACAUUCGAUCCCCAUGAGGAUCUCUCGGAAGAGGAAGAACUCAACCUGCAAGACCGCGAGCAGGUUAAGCGCCUUGGUCUUGACAGCGUGCGACCCAACGGCAUGCGCAAGGGCGAUCUCAUGCAAACAAGCUGCGGCUCUCCUUGCUAUGCUGCGCCUGAGCUUGUUGUCAGCGACUCGUUGUAUACUGGCCGAAAGGUUGAUGUCUGGAGCUGUGGUGUUAUUCUCUACGCUAUGCUUGCUGGCUAUCUACCUUUUGACGACGACCCUGCCAAUCCCGAAGGCGACAAUAUCAACUUAUUAUACAAAUACAUAGUCAUGACCCCCCUCACCUUUCCCGAAUAUGUUACGCCGCAUGCCCGCGACCUCCUCCGCCGAAUCCUGGUUCCCAACCCUCGGAAACGCGCUGAUCUCUUUGAGGUUGCACGCCACAGCUGGCUCAGUGAAUAUGCACAUGUUGUUGAAUUCAUUACGAGCUCGACGACCUCUCCUCUAGACGUGCAAAACGGCAACACGGGCAUUGAGGAAUUCGACGCUCCUAUGAUGACCCGCAGCGCGUCGGUUCGCGAAGCCGCCAAGCCAAGAUCCCCUCAGCCCGCUGUCGGUGGUCUCUCCAAAGCUCACGCCAAGAUUGACUCUCCCACCCCGGACGCAAACCAUCGCACCACCAAAGAUGCCAAGCGUCGCACUGUGCAGGUCGAAUACGUCGCACCUACGACACAAACGCAGCGCGGUGCCGAUGAGCAAGGUCGCGAUCUCGCUGGCACGUCCUACUCUGCGCCUCGUGACAAGCCCCUUCCUGUGGAGCCUGCGUCGAGGGACAAACACAGCCGUGCUGGUCAGCAGAAGCCUCCAGUGUCCAUCACGUCUGGUAAGUCCGGGGACGGUCGAACUGGACCCGACAAUGUCUACUCGGCCGGUGCGGGCUCGAGCGCACGACCACAGACUGGAGGCUCCAUGCAAUCUACUGGAUCCAUGGGCCUUCAAUCUAAAAUUCUCAACUACGGCCAGCCUGCCCCUCCAACUGUCGAGAAUACUAAUGCCCAAGGACGCAUCCAACAGCCGGCUCAUCCCGAUGACGAAUUGGCCGGCCACAAUAGUGUGGCUGUACCGCCCAAAUUUGCCCGCGUUUCUGGCUAUAACGAUUCCCCUCGCCCUGUUGGUGAGGUCCGUGGCCACAAGCGUUCGAGCACGCUUGGCGAUCUUGGCUCCAAGAUUCUAGGCCGAAGUGGCUCCGUAUUUGGCAAGAAAGGCAAGCGCCCAGAGCCGCAGAUGGCAGAGAAGAAGAAAUACCCUCCCAUCAGCAUCGCCAACAACAUGAACAUGACUGGUGAAGAGCCUAGUCGACCUUCCAUGGACUCCAAGUUCUCGAAUGGACGCCGCUCAUAUUCUCUUGGCCUCGGGAAGAAGCGCAGUGGCAGCAUUGCACCAUCCCAAAACUCUGAGGAGAAGAAGGACAAGCGACGAUUUUCUUUGCUUCCAGCAUCAUUUUCCCUCAAGGCGAUUGGUCUAGGCAAGGAAAGUGGCGACUAUUCUCCGUCCGAGACAGGAUCGCGAAACGACUUGCCGAUUCAGGAUCCACGAGCCGAUCAAUUGAGAAACUUUAACGCUCCGGGAAAUGCCAGAGGCAGCACGCCUUUCUUUGACAACCUGCCUGCUAAUAACAACAAAUUUGCGCAGCCGCAGACCAGCUCAAGCCCGGGCCAUGAGCAAUAUCAGUCGGCACAGCUAGACGGACGCGAAGUGGAAGCGGUGCCCACGUACGUUCGGAGAGGAUCACAAUACAGACCCGGCUCGGAAUCGCCGGUGGACAGGCGCCGGCCCCCGACGGAGCCACAGGUUGGAUCGUACCGCUCCGGCCUUUACGUCUCAGAAGGCUAUGACGGCCGCCGGGUUGGCACAAGUGGUGGGCACCCGCAACGCGGGACGCUUCAGAAGAGCAACAAGCGAUUCACGGACGCCUACGAACAAGAUGGCUUUCAGGGACACGAAGGCAGCAGCGGUGCGGCUAAGCGUGUAAUGGACUUUUUCCGACGACGUGGCAAGGCUAGAGGUGGCGAUGAAUAA